AUGCCCAAGCCCCGAGUGGCCUCCGGGAAGGGUGAAUCCUCCACUGGGUCGAGUACUCUGUACUCUGAGUCUGGGCAUUCGGAAACCACGCUUGCCGAGAGUGUGUCAUCGUCAUCUCGUUUGAUGCUUGAUGAGUCGAAGCUUUCACUCAAGUACCAAGACAAGAUCGACGACGGCUGGGACCGCAGCCCUCUUCCACCGUUGCCUCCCGCAUCUUUUCCCUUUCCCAGGUUGUCUGAUACAGCUGCCGACGCUCCGCCCUUCCCGCUAUAUGGCCUCCCACCUUAUGCCGCCAGAUGGUCGGCACGCCUGGCGUCCAUUUCUUGGUCUGUCGCGGACCGUUCUAAGAGGAAGGUGGAUAUCAGCGAUACGGUCCUUAUGUGGGCCGUAGUAGACUCAGUUCUGGACCGGCUGGACAAUCACCGUCGGAAGGCCGUAGAGGACAUGCGUUCCCGCGGUCCCCAGGCGCCACUUCGUCUUCUGCGCGACUGGGAGAGCUGGAUCGACUUGACGGACAAUAUGAUCCUCGACGCGUUCAAUGCCGCCAUUGCACUGCUGGGUCUCGAUACUCGUCGUAAGGAGACCUGCGACCUGCUUCACAGGGUAGGCAGCGUGGCGCGCACCGUCGUCGACUGGCAUUGGCAGGCCGCUGAUGACUCGCUGCACCCGCCAGCCGACUACGAGCUGUGCAGCCCUCUGGACCCUGAGGAAUACGGAAGCUGUAGCCCAUAUCUCGUGGAGAACUCUGCGGCCAUCCUCCGCCUGGCUGAGAGUCAGCUCACGCCUGAGGCAUACGAGCGCGGCAUUGCCGCCGCCCAAACUCAAGACGCCUGGGCUGCGUUUUGUGACGACCCUGACCCUCUCGAUACACUGUCCGGGCCUGAUUCCGACCUGGGCGACAACUGUGGCUCAGAAGAGGACGACGAGACCGAUGAGGGCGAUGAGAGCGACGAGGACGACUCGGACGGAAGCGACGCGAGUGGCGAGGAGUGCCUCACUCUCAUGGAAUUCUGCGCGAGGAUUGAUCGGGGAGAGCUCGGCCCGCCGAACCUCCCGCACCUGCCGGAACUGCCGCACCUGACGCACCUGUUGCACCAGUCACACUUGUCGCCCGCCGGGCAAUUCGUGAAAACGGCCACCUCAGCCUGGUCUACCGUCGACAAGCGUAAAGGUGGAAGGGUUGAGGCAGAGCAUGGUGUGCACCACCACUCCGACGCCGGAUCCACCGACAUCAGUUCUCUCGGAGUGUCAUCAAGCGUGACAAACGACUCCUCGGUUGGCUCCGUCGAUCUCACAGAUGUCUCGCCACACGAGAAGAACGUGGGACCCGAAUACCCGGUCAUCCCCCUCCCGCCUCUCGACAAGAAGAGCUUUGCUUUCCCCCGGGUCAUCGGUCCCGAUGAGCCUCACCCUACAUUCCCGUUCUACAAACUACCCGGCAGCGUGGCUCGGAUGGCCGCAAGGCUAGGAACGGAACGCUGGCUUGCUUGGGAUGCGCAGCGCAAUGGAUCUGCACUCGACGCAGGCGUGUUCAUCUGCGCGGUUGUAGACUCGGUCAUCGAGAGGUGUGUGCAUGCGUUAGCGUUAGCUGACCUAAGGUACGAGUCGCUCCAGGACCGAACAGCCGCGGAACGCCGCUCAAGGCCUCUCGGUGCUCCAGUGCGCCGUCUGCGCAGGUGGGGGGAGUGGGUUGCGGUCACAGACUGCAUCAUUAUCGAUGCCCUGGAAGCUGCAGACGAUGCACUCGCGCGACGUGAUCCUCCACUCGACGUGCCGGAAGGCGUAGAGGGCCGCCCCCUCGGAUCCUUGUGCCGUAUUGUACUGGAUUGGCAUUGGUCACCUUGGGAGGGCUCGACUUUCCCUCCUCGUGAUAUCACUGUUCGCCGACCUCUCGAUCCUGCUCGUUUCGGAACCUGCAACCCUUACUUGGCGCAGAACGCCAUGGACGUGCUCCGCUUGGCGGUUGGUCAACUCACUCCUCUCGCAACUUUGAGGGCUAUCGGGGCUGUGCAGGAGGACAAAUGGGCCGCAUUCUGCGAUGACCCGUCGGUUAUGGACGACCAAGAACGACUCGAGCGCGAGCGGAACGAGAGACCCCCCUCUCCCGUGGAGGACUGGGACAUGCGCGGGCGGCAACGGUUCAUCUCCUUCAUGGAGUACAGGGAGGAGAUGGAGCACAACGCUGCCGUAGAAAUCUAG